AUGAUAACACCAGCGUUUGAAUUGAGUCAGGACGCUGACUUUCUGACCUUGGUAAUCCGUGUCCCCUACACUAGAACAUCAGAGUUUGACCUCUACAUCGAUGGAGAAGACUUUAAGUUUUAUGCCAAGCCAUACUUCCUUCGGUUGACCCUCCCUGGGAGAAUAGUGGAAGAUGGGAGAGAAAGGGCAUCAUUUGACAUUGAUAAAGGUCUGUUUAUGCUGAGUGUCCCAAAGGAAAUGCCAGGGCAACACUUUGAGGGCCUUCAGAUGUUGACAAGUCUACUGGCCCCUAAAGGGUCCAGGUCUGCCAAACCACUGGUUGAGGACAUGGAGCCCUGCAGCGGAAGCGCGGGAGGUGAGGAAGACGUGGAGGAAGAGGAAGAGGAUUUUGAUUGGCAGGUGGAACAGGAGGCGUACAGAGAAACCCCUGAGGAAGAGCUGAAGGGAAUGCAGAAGUAUGGCUUCGGAAAUCUGAGGUCUGGAGUCUUCACCAGAUUACAGGAGGAGCUUAGCGAUGUGAUUGAUGUGAAAAACCCUGACGCCACUCCACCAGCAGUGAGGAGACGCUCUCGCCUGGAUGCCGAAACUGCCAUUUUUGAUGCAGACCAUUACUUGGCUGAUUUGUAUGAAGAUGAAGAUGUGAUGAAGAACUUGCUGAAGUUCAGGCCAUGGUGGACUAGCCUGGGCUCAGAAUCUACUCAGCGCUCUGAAGAAGCAUCUGUGACAUUUUCCGAAGAAGAGAAGGAACAGAUGAGAAAGUUCACCAACCGCUCCUACCCACUGGACAGAAAAGCCCGUAUCCACGUGUGGCUAAGCCUGUUAGACAUCGUUCUGGCCUAUGUCUAUGAAAUCCGCACCACUGAGGGAGACCACAAUGUGGAAUCGCCGUGGACUAUCCGAAAACUCAGCGGGACUCUCUCCUGGCUAGAGACAUACUCCUCUGUGCAAGAUGUACUGGUGUCUUUUGGGAGGAGGGUUUUGUGCUACCCUCUCUACCGCCAUUUCUCACUGGUAACCACAGCAAUGCGGGACACGGUGAAGAUUUUCCAGUCUGGCAAAGCCUGUAUUCUGAAAUGCCUGCUAGAUAUCCACAAAAUCUUUAGAGAAAAUGACCCUGCCUACAUCCUCAACGACCUCUACAUCAGCGACUACUGCAUCUGGAUCCAGAAAGCCAAGUCAAGGCAUGCGACGGCACUGGCGCAGUCCGUCAUCAAAGCCCAGCUCCAGAAGUCCGACCUGGACCUAGACCUGGAGCUGCUGGAACGGGCGGCAGCUCUCGCGGUCAAGGAAGAAGAAGAAGAGGAGGAGGAGGAGAGCGAAGGGACGAAGAGUCCUAGUAAAGAGAGAGGAUCUCGGUCAUCCAGCGACGAAUCGGAGACAGAAUCCAGCAGCAGCAGUAGCAGCAGCAGCAGCAGCAGCAGCAGCAGCAGCAGUGACACUGAAGAGGAGGAGAGCGAGGAAGAGGAGGAGAGCGCUGCCGACGGAGCGCAGAGCACAACGGAAUCGACAACAGGAGGAGGAGGAGGAGGAGGGGAGAGGAGAGGGACCAACCCAUUUCUCCCUAAGCCUGCCUGCCCUGUUCCAGAGGCUGCCUCCGUUCUCACCCUCCCCCACAGGCAGGAGCGCUCGUGUAGGGAAAGCAGCCAACGAAACCCUGUCCUCAUCCAAGAGCUGGGAGAGAGGCUGGAGGAGGGGCUGAGGAUCACGGAGGGCGCGCCUCGGGGAGAGAAUUCCAGCUCUGCCGAGGAGGGAGGAGGACGAGAGAAAAAGGGAGAGGAGCUCCCCACGACAGGCAGGGCAGCUCCGGACAGCGGCAAGAUGCUCCUGGAGGUUCACCCUUACCGACACCCCCUGCUUUUCGUGAACCCCGCUGGACUGGACAGCGAUGACGAGCAGGUGGAUGAUCUCUGAGUGGAGGACCCGGGACAGUCCACUAAAAGACAAUCAUUCCUAGUUUUUCACCAGUCUCUGUAUUCUAAGCCUGAAGGUUAUAAUCUGUAUAUUGGUUCAAACACUUUUUAUGUGGUGUUAACAUUUUUUUUUUUUUUUGCAUUCGAGUUGUCAGAAAGAUCAAAAUGCCAAUUGUUAAUAUGCUAAUUUUUUGUUGUUGUUGUUGGUUUUUUUUUGGUAGCGUGUGCUUUCAUAUCACUCACACCGAAGCUGUUUAAAAAACUUGUGAACUUAACAAGAAGGCAAAUCAACUCCAUCAAAGAUUGACAUGAGAAAACUCUGAAACAACUUGUGUUUGUUUUAUGUGUGUCUCUGCUGAGAAACUUUUAGCUGUUUCAUCUGAAAC